CAUUUCAUUGCUCACAGAAAUUUUGUGCUCUAAAUUAAAGUUACUUAAUAUGCAUAAGCGUAAAAUAUUGUGUCGUCGUAAAGCUGCUAUCAAGAAAGCACAGUCCAAAAAAGGUCGAAAAAUGAAAAACGUUCCGGAUCCGUUAACUAUCGAACGUUCUGAAUCUUCUAUUAAUCUACAAUCUAUUCAACGUAAUACUACCAGUGCUGGAAAUUUGCGUUUGAUGCGCAAUAACCAUUCCAAUUAUUUUUUUAAGGGUAAUGCUGUAUCAAUGGCUAUUGCUAUACACCGUCACCGUCAACAUACUCACAAUCCACGUCACAGGCUUUCUUGGGUGUCUUACAUGUGCAUUACCUUAACCAUUGCUGUUUUUCUUGCCCACUUACUCUCAAUGCAUUUAUAGCUUUAUAUUUGUUGUCUUUAAUCCUUGUAGUAGUAAAAACGAUUAUAUGAUUUAAGAUUUAGAUGUAAAAAUGAAUGUUUUGAAAGUACGUA